UUCGUGUGUUUCUAGUUCUGUUAUUAACAAUUAGAGGAUACAGCUCCUCUACAGACUCUGCAGAGGGACUACCUGCUAUAAUAGAUGAGCUGAGCACACAGAUUGGCAUCGAAACAAACUUUGUGUACAAUCCCCAGCGGAGAGGACUAAGUUAUUUACCCAAACUGAAGCCAAUCGCGCAGAUACUGGUUAGUUCCAUAAACGAUUCUGUUUUUAAUGCUACGGAGCUAGUUCAAUUUUUGGGUGAACGAAUGCUCUUCGUGCUGCUUGUUAAGACGCCUCCAAUCGAUCUAUUCGAGAAGCUCCACUUACAGUUCCAGACAGCGGACUUUUUGCUGGUGCUAAACGAAAGCCCGGAGACAGAUGUGUGGCUAGAGUUUGCCCAUCAGGCAUGGCAGCUGGGCUACAAUGGCCUCCUAUUCCUACAUAUAUCGCAAGAUCCGGUGCUCUACAGAAUGCGCUUGUUUCCACAAAUCAAGAUCCUGCCCACCGAUGUGAACGAAUAUGUGCAAAGCCGGGGUCGUAUGAGAAAUAUGCAGGGCUUUGAGAUUCGCAUCGCGGUGUACUCCAACCCGCCCCGCUGCCUCCUCUACGAGGACAGACACGGCAGGCAGAAGUAUGGCGGCUAUUACCUGCGCUUCCUGCAACACUUUCUGGAGGUCCACAAUGCGACCUUUGUGCCCGUUUACACGUCCAACGAUUCGCCCGGGCACUGCAUUAGGGCGCUGCUCGCGAGGCGAGUGGACCUGUGCGGCGACUCACUGGCUCAGGGAUCGGACAAGGCUUUCGUUGUGACAAGGGCCAUUCGCAUGGCAUAUGCCAAUGUCAUGGUGCCCAAUGCCAAGCCGUUGAGCUCGUAUCGCUAUCUGGUGGCUCCAUUCCACUCGACUGUCUGGAUCUGCCUGUUCGUCUACAUAGCCUUCAUUGUUUUCUUCAUGAGCUGCAUCCACUGGCAGCAGCGGAGGCGCUGGAUCUUCAGCACCUUUCUGCUGGACGCCAUCAGGUCGCUGCUGUUCACGGGCUUCUCCCUGAAGCACCUCCAUGGGCGCGAGCGGUACAUACUCUUUGCCGUGCUCUUCAUAGCUGGCUUCAUCUACUCCACGUUCUACCUGGGAUACCUGAAGAGCAUAUUGACCACGGAAGUAUUCGAGAAGCCGAUCAACAGCUUUGCAGAGCUGCUGGAGUCCAACAUCAGCAUCAUGAUAGACGAAUACGACCGAAACUUGUCGAGGAGAUACCAUCUGCCGGAUAUGCUGUGGCCAAUCAUACAGGUGGUUCCCGACGAGACCCUGAAGAGGCAUCGCAGCGGCUUUGACCAGGGGUACGCCUACAUACUCUUCAGCGAUCGCAUGGACCUGUUCGACUAUGCUCAGAAGUACCUAAGGCAUCCGCGCCUGCGCCGCAUACCCAUCAACAUAUUCUUUCUGUUCUCCGGCUUCCCGAUGCGCGAGAGCUACUUCUUGAGGCACUCGCUGAGUGACGCCUGGGCCUAUGCCUUUGAGAGCGGAUUCCUGAAGAAGCUGGCAGUGGACGCCGACCACGACACGAUGACAGCGAACGUGGGCUUCAAAUUCCUCGUCACCGACUACUACGAGGCGCAAUCCCUGAAACUCGAUUAUUUCGUCAUGCCGGCCAUGUCGCUGGCCUUCGGCUACGGCCUGGCUUUGCUCGUCUUUGUCAUCGAGCUGACGGCCUGGCGCAGGCAUAGGCACAACCAGCGCUAAGCGCUUAUGCAGAGGAUGAAGAGGAGGAUGUAGUGGCGUUGAUGGAUUGAUGUAGUGUAGUAGUUGCUUGUUCCUGAACACUUUCUAGCAUCCGCAUGUGUGUUUGUAGUUGUAGUUUCUUCUUCUUCCACAAA